CGGCGUCAGAGUCGCUGUUUUUGCUGCGUGUGCUGCGUGUGCGUGUACUUCUCUUUCCUGACGUCGCCCUGACGCAGGUGCUGCGGCAAUGCGCGUGUCGCCGGUGCUUCCUGUGCUGCGUCUGCUUCCCAGCCUGUGCCAGACCUUCCCGACGCCGCUGUGUCAGCGCUGUGUCAGCACUAGCCAAUCACACUCCGCCCUCACUUUCAGGAUUUCGAUUGUGCAAUUAACUUCGUUCGUUUCAAUCCUUUUCGAUUGCUUUCUGUCGUUUUUAUUUGUUUUCAUCUGCUUAUAUCGUUGUUAUCUGUUUCACCCAAUCCCAUCAGUUUCAUUUGCUAUUUACUCAGCAUCGACAACUGGGUGCCUUCCCCAGUUCCUGUCUCUAACAGGCUAAUUCAGCCCAACUUAUAAAACCCAGCUUGAUUCCAGCUUGAUUCACCAUGAUUCUAACUUGAUUCCGGCCUGCGCAAACUUGCUACUGUCAGAACUGUAAAUGGCUGAAUCCCCUAACUUCCACCAAUUCCCACCCUGAACAUGUCCAUGUCACUCUUGAGACAGCACCUACACUCUAUCCCGCUCUAUCUCACUCUUCUUUUCCGUCGGUGCAUGCGCACGUG